AACAAAACAAAAUCUAAGCAGCACGGCCGCCAACGUUAAGUUCUACGAAGACAAAAUGUAGUAAGAGAUGGGAUGGUUUUUCUCUUCAAAACCCAGAAGACGACCACCAAAGUAUUCUUCAAUGGCUCCACCUCCUCCCUCCCUCUCUUCUCUUCUCCCCCACUCUCAUUCUUUCCUUCCUCCCCAAAACCCUCAUCUCACCCACCGUUACAUGCCCUCUCCCCGCCCCUCUCAUUCUUUAUCUUUCACUACGAGAUUUUCUCCCGACAACAAGCUAAACGACGACAAGAUCACGUACCCGCCCCCGCAGCAGGAGAAGAAAUCGUUUGCUGUUGCCACCGGUGAGCUUUUCUUGGGAAUCGCGUCAAGGGUUUUGAGGAGCAGGAAUAAGAAUAGUUAUAAUAACAAUAAAGUUUCUGGGCUGUCUUUGCUUGAGAAAUCUGAUGAUGGGAAUGUGGAUUAUGAGGAGAGGAUUCGGGCUGUGAUGGAGGAUGAGGUUGAGCCUGUGGUUAUAUGGGAACAAAGAGUUAAAGAUAUUGAAGCGGAGAAAGAACGGCCUGUUGUUACCAGUCCUGGUUUUUGUUUCUCUGCUGCUGGUUUGUUGUUUCCUUAUCAUCUUGGAGUUGCUCACUUGCUUAUUGAAAAGGGUUAUAUCAAGGAAACCACACCAUUGGCUGGUUCCUCUGCUGGUGCUAUAGUCUGUGCUGUGAUUGCCUCUGGGGCUGGUAUGCAGGAGGCUCUAACAGCUACCAAAGUGCUGGCUGAAGAUUGUCGGCUAAGAGGGACUGCCUUUCGGCUUGGGGCUGUUCUGCGGGAUAUUCUUGAAAAGUUUCUGCCAGAUGAUGUUCAUGUUAGGUGCAAUGGGAGGGUUCGAAUCGCUGUUACUCAGAUCCUGUGGAGGCCUAGGGGUUUGCUAGUGGAUCAGUUUGACUCCAAGGAAGAUCUCAUAAAUGCAGUUGUGACUUCUUCCUUCAUUCCAGGAUAUCUUGCACCAAGGCCUGCCACGAUGUUCCGGAAUCGACUUUGUAUUGAUGGUGGUUUGACAUUGUUUAUGCCACCAACAUCUGCUGCUCAGACGGUUCGUGUUUGUGCUUUCUCGGCCAGCGGUUUGGGACUGCAAGGGAUCGGGAUUAGUCCAGAUUGCAAUCCUGAAAAUAGGGCUACCCCAAGGGAGCUUUUCAACUGGGCAUUAGAGCCAGCAGAAGAUCAUAUUCUUGACAGGCUUUUCGAGCUCGGAUAUUUAGAUGCUGCUGUGUGGGCUGAGGAGAACCCAGUUCAGAAUGUAGUUCAAGAUGACAUUCCCUUGGUUGAAAAUGGCUCUAGUAGCUCACAAUAAGGCGCAUCACCCAGUUUCCAUGUCAAGUAUGCACUGGUGACCAUGUUAAUUUCGUUUAUGCCGUUUUCCGAUGGCUGGUCAACCAGGUGUUCAUUCAUUUUCUUACACGUCAAUGAUGCUCGAUGUAGGGAACAGAAAAUGUUCUUGUUCUUCAACUAUAUGUUAUGCUGUAUAGUAAAAUUGUUGACUAAUUGCAAGGUACAUUGGAAGGAAAAUAGCAACAGAAGAUAAGGAAAAGUCCGUAAUUUUGAUAGAGCAAAACAAGAUCAGAACAUUAAAUGCCAUGUCUUUUCUGCCUGAAA